AGAAGCGCCCCCCCCCCACCCCCUUCCUCACGUCUCGUUGUCAUGUGUGCGGACGGUCAGCUGACUAAUUCUGUCCGUUUGUGAUGCCCCCCGUGCUUAUUUCGCCUCAUUUGCUCGCCAUUGUCGAAUGAAUGCGGCGCUAUGCUUGGCCCAGGAGAGCCAUGGUAGUCGUCAACUCGGUGCUGAAGCUGCUUCAGAGGCAGACGUACACCUGUCUGUCCCACCGCUAUGGACUCUACCUCUGCUUCGGCGGCAUCGUCCUCAUGAUUGUGUCUGCUUUCCAGUUCGGGGAGGUUGUGGUGGAGUGGAGCCGGGACCAGUACCAUGUGCUGUUUGACUCCUACAGAGACAAUUUGGGCGGCAAAUCUUAUCAAAGCAGGCUCUGCCUGCCCAUGCCCAUCGACGUGGUGUACACGUGGGUGAACGGCACCGACGUGGCUCUGCUGAGGCAACUGAAGGCGGUGAGAGAGCAGCUGGCCGAGGAACAGAGAGCGAUGAGGGAACGUCUGGGGAAAAAUGCAAGCGAGGCAACAGAAGAACCAAAAGUCAGGGCCAAAGCGGAAUGCUUGCUGUCCCACUGCAUCGCGGCGCCCAUGCUGGCGCUGGAUCCCGCCCUGCCGGCCAACGCCACGCUGCGGGAGCUGCCGUCGCUCUCGCCCUCGCUGGCGGGCGCCAAGGAGCUCCUGCUGCUCCGCAAGCCCGUUCACCCGUCCACUGCGGCCUCCGUACUCGUCUUCAAUUCUCAAUCUGCUGCUGAGAAAGCCUACGUUGACGCAUUCAAGGAAGACAAGAAAUUCUCCGUGUCCAGAUGUUACCUGACCACAGACAAAGAGGCUCCGGGUCUGAUCCGGAUGCAGACGCUGGCCUACCUCAGCGGCUUCCCGGCCUCCUUCAAGGAGACGGAGCAGUUGAGGGCCAAGCUGCCCUCUUUCGUCACUGACAAGAUCAAGCAGUUCGAGUUGUACUCCGAGGCCAGCAUCGCUCUGCUCCACCUCAACGGGCCGCAGGACUUCGGCGAUCUCAUGCAGAAGUCCAAGAAGAACCUGACGCUGGACGGGAAGGAGCUGACCAUUAGCCCCGCCUUCCUCUUCUGGGACCUGACAGUCAUCUCGCAGUCCAAGCAGGACGAGGACGUGUCGGCCAGCCGCUUCGAGGACAACGAGGAGCUGCGCUACUCUCUGCGCUCGGUGGAGAAACACGCCCCCUGGGUGCGCCACGUCUUUGUCGUCACCAACGGGCAGAUUCCCUCCUGGCUCAACCUGGAUAACCCUCGCGUUUCGGUCGUCACCCAUCAGGAGCUGUUCUUGAACCGCAGCCACCUCCCGACGUUCAGCUCGCCCGCCAUCGAGAGCCACAUCCACCGAAUCCCGGGACUCUCGCAGAAGUUCAUUUACCUCAACGACGACGUGAUGUUCGGCAGAGACGUCUGGCCGGACGACUUCUACAGCCAUUCAAAGGGGCAGAAGGUGUAUCUCACCUGGCCUGUUCCCAAUUGUGCUGAAGGCUGCCCGGGAUCCUGGAUCAAAGACGGCUACUGCGACAAGGCCUGCAACAACUCCGCGUGUGACUGGGACGGCGGGGACUGCACGGGGGCAGCGGGCAGCAGCAGGUUCCCGGGUGGGGUCGGCGCCGGCGGUCCCGGCGGAGGCGGCGGGCAGAUGUGGCAGUUUGCCGGCGGUCAAGGCGCCCUGGCCGCAGCCUCGUACUGUAACCAAGGUUGCGCCACCUCCUGGCUGGCAGACAAAUUCUGUGACCAAGCCUGCAACGUGCUCCCUUGCGGCUUCGACGUGGGCGAUUGCGGCACAGAGCACUUUGGGGAGCUGCACCGUGUCACCCUGCUGAGUAACCAAAGCGCUUACUCGCUCCCCGUUGGAGAGAUCAGACCUUAUUUCAGCUUCGAACGGCUGGCUCACAGGGUGUCGGAGGCCCACGUGAUGGACAACCCGGUGGUCCGUCACACCUCCGUAGCCAACAAGUGGAAGACCAUCCACCUGCUGCUUCAUGCCGGCCACAAUGCCACCGUGGUCCAGUACAACAUCACCUUCCAAAAAGAGGACAGCACGGCGUUUACGAAGAUAUUUAGUGUGGCCGUUGACACGCGUCAGCUUCCGCGGGUUAACAGGACGCAGGCCGGCAGGGAAAGUUCCAGCCAGAAGCCUCCCGUGACGACGGAACCGCCCUUCCUGUUUUCGGAUGUACCCGAGGACAAGAGGGGUCCCAAAAUCCAGAGGAAGCAGCCGGAUGAACUCGAGGCCGUCGUAGAAGUUCCCGCGUUGAACGAGUCGCUCUUGCCAGCCGCUCUGCUCAGCCAGCUGCAGAAGCUUGAUGAGAAUCUGGUCAAAGGAGACCUCACCCUGAAGGGUUACAACCUGACCAAGGCUCGGCUGCUGGCCGCCAGCCGCGAACACCGGGAAAUUGACCUUUCUCCCAUGGUGGACAGGCCCAAAACCUCCAAGCUGCUGAGGCACAUUACCAAAGUGAAGAGCACCGAGUGGCAAGCGGAGCCACCCCGCUUCGCUCCAGUGGGGAGGAAGCUCCAUCAUUUUGUCCCCGCUGACAGAGGCUUCUUGCCGUGGGAGAAGAAGAAGUACUUCCAAGACCUGCUGGAGGAAGAAGCGCGUCUGCAGACGGCGCUGGCGUACGACGUUGCCGGCGGCAGAGGCGGCGGGCGCAAGCUGCAGGACACGUUUGCGGACUCGCUUCGGCACGUCAACAAGCUGCUCAACCGCCAGUUUGGCUUCGCGUCGCGCAAAGUCCCCGCGCACAUGCCGCAUAUGAUUGACAGGCUCGUCAUGCAGGAGCUGCAGGACACUUUCCCAGAUGAUUUUGACCAGACGUCCGGCCACCGUGUGCGUCACCCGGACGAUAUGCAGUUUGCCUUUUCCUACUUCUACUUCCUGAUGAGCACUCAGCAGCAGCUCAACGUCUCGGAGGUGUUCGACGAGGUCGAUACCGACCACUCGGGCGUCCUGUCCGACCGCGAGAUCCGAACUCUCGCCACGAGGAUCCACGAGCUGCCCCUCAGCCUCCAGGAUCUGACAAGUUUGGAGCAGAUGUUGAUCAACUGCUCGAAGACACUCCCGAGGAACCUGAGCCAGCUCCACCUGGUCAGCCCCACGCAGGAGGCCUACUAUGACCACAGCAUGCCGCCGGUCACGAAGGGCCUCAUCAUGUACUGCACGCCCAUCACGGACCGCAUUCGUAAAGCCUUCGUGGACCAGAACAAGUACAAAUUUGAGAUCAAGGGCGAGGAGGACAUCGCCUUCAAGAUGAUCCGCACCAACGUGUCGCACGUGGUGGGCCAGUUGGACGACAUCAGGAAGAAUCCCAGGAAGUUCAUUUGUCUGAACGACAACAUCGACCACGCCCACAAGGAUGCUGCCACCGUGAAGGCCGUGCUGAGAGACUUCUACGACUCCAUGUUCCCGCUGCCGUCCCAGUUCGAGCUGCCAAGGGAGUACCGCAACCGCUUCCUCCACAUGGACGAGCUCCAGGAAUGGCGGGUCUACCGAGACAAGUUGAAGUUCUGGACCCACUGUGUCCUGGUGACGCUGGUGGCCUUCACGGUCGUGUCCUUCUUCGCCGAACAGCUGAUCCACUUUAAGCGCAAGCUAUUCCCCCGGCGCAAAACGGCUAAAGACGACAACCCCGAGAGAGUUUGAACCAGGAAGUCUUCCUCCUCCUCUUCCUCAUCGUAAUCUGCGGCAUCAUCAUCAACGGCUCCUCCGUCCUGCUCAGUGGAAGAUUUUUAUUUUUCAUUUUUCCCCUGUCUGGUGACAAACGAGGAAACAAAGACAACGGCUAAGCCCGUGAAUGUUUCCUUUACUUUUACGCACUCAUCACUCCUGAGGCCACGUACAUCAAUUUUUCUUUUUUUUUUUUUUUUUUUUUUUUUUUUUGUGGACCUGUGCUCAAACACGACCAAACGGACAAUCAUGAUUUGACGGGCGACGUGUUCCGAAAGGCUCUGCGAUGGGAACUUUUGGACAUUUUACCGCUCGGAAUGCGUUUUAAAGGAAUUGUAUUGAAAAGGGGUCAUGAAUUUUAAGCCCUUGUCGGUUUUUGUCUUUAACGCUGUGGGAUCUAGAAGUGCCUUCUUUGUUCAUUCCUAUACUUUUACAAAACAAAUGUUAUGGUGGAAAAAGGUUGUCUACCGAUUUUGCGUGUGUGUGUGAUUAGGAAUCGAUCGGCCUUUCUUGAAUCUUGUGUUUGUCGGACGCGGCAGCUUUCCUUCUCGCCGUCUGCGCGCACGUGUCCCCGUGGGACCCAGCAGGCUCGCUAUAAUGUCUGAAAUUCAGACGAUUCAGCUCUUUAACUUAUUAUUUUUUUUGAGGGGGGGGGGGGGGGAUUGUAACGUUGCCAUGGAGACGGCGCUUUGUCAUACUGUCUCGCCGCCCUUUAACGUCGCUUGCUCUGGCUCUUCCGACUGAAAUAAAAUCUGUCCGGCAAUCGUCGUCUCUCUCUUU